CAUGAGACUGUCCGUGUGGGACUAAGGUCUUAUUGUAGAAAAAUUAAAUAAGUGGAAAGAAAAUUAUUUUAUUCACGUAUGAAACAGUAGAUUAUAGUAAGAAAGUAGAAUAUAAAGUAUUGAUCACUAAAGAAUGAGAUGAAAUUGUACUAUACCCAUCCUAUAAGAUUCUUAUCAGAAUCUUAUGAAUUCUUACCAAAAUCUUAUGAAUUCUUAUAAAAUAAUUAUAUAAUCUAUCUUACCGAAUUCUUAUCAGAAUCUUAUAAGAUUCUUAUCAAUAAAUUACGCAUUUCCAUCGACUGCCUUAUAUAAGAUUCUUAUAAGAUUCUUAUAAGAUUCUUAUAAGAUUUCUAUAGAAUUGCCGUAAGAUCGAUCGACUAGGGCAGCCGGUUACAUUAUGUUAUACUAAAGCCAUAUUACACAUUACAUAACAAAUUAUAUCUGUCCUUUUCAGGUCAGAUUGAAACAAUAUUUUUGUAAGCAUUCCCUUGGAUUAGCGAUGCUAUUCAAUUUAUAAGAAAUAUUCCAUAAAAUACAUUUUAGCUAUUGGAUAAACGUGACUAAAGGACGUCUUAAAAAAGUAACAACUGCUUCAUGCAUGAAUAUAGAUGAACAGCUCUAUUUUUCUUGAUGAAGAAGUUGGUGGUUCAUUAUAAUCGGGGUAUUCAAAAGCAUCUUUUUUGAGUCUUUCUUGUAUUAGAGAAAAUACGUCACUGAAGUGUAUCUUUUUCUUAGUGCUGUUCAGUCUGAACAAUAUAUAUGACGUUCAACUUUUCUUCACACUAACAAGACAUAUUCCACUAUGUUUGUAACAUGUCUUCUUCUUUGAAUUAAAUGCAUCGACAAAAAAACGGGAAGACAAAAAAAUGUUAGAAAUAAUAAAUGAAAGAGAAAAUUUAUAAAAAUAUAUAAAAAAAAAAUAGAUUAACCGCGUUUCAUCUGUCACUUUUUUUCUAUCUCUCACUAUUUUCUUUUCUAUCUGUACUAUCAUAUGAAUAUAAAAUAGACUGAUUUAUUAUCGCAAACUCUCAUUCAAACAUAAAUCAGAGGAGCAGAAGACGAGAAUCAACUCUCUAUAUAAGCGGUAAGUGUAACAAACUUCAUGAUUAAUCUUAUGCCUUUUAUUUACACAUAAAUAUCAGAGAUUCAUGAUACGUUUCAAAUAGAUAUCCGUAUCCGUUCGGUUCGAGAAUGUUUUAAGAUUGGUUUGUUUUUUAUAUAAAAGUUUGUAACUAAAGUAUAUAUUACUUUGAAAAUCUUGCUUUCUUAGGAACUGAGAAUUGGAUGAAAAUGAUAGAUAAUUUGGCCUAUGGAGUUUGAUCACUAAUACAGUAUGAGAAUAUCUCAAGAUAGAAUAAAACUUCUUGUCUAAAACGUAUUCUCUCCUGCAAAGCACUUUUAGUAGGAUGGAUAUAAAAUUUUCAAACGUAGAAUAGAAAACCCAAACAAAUGUUGAACUUUUUAUAAUUUGUUCCGUAAUGUAUAUACUAGCUAUCGGUCCUUUCUCUGCCCAUUCAUUUUGUUUUAUAACAAAUGUAAAGAACUGAAGCAUAAAAACUUCAUUUAGUGUUUUCGAAACACUAAACGAAGUUCUUUUAUGCCUCAGUGUCAUAAUUCGAAUUAACAUUUUACUGUCAACCAUUCCCAUUCUUUCUUUUUGCGCACAAAAAGAAAACGAAUGACAAACUUAAGUUGAACUCGUUCCUUUUUCUUCUCUUUUUUCUACACACAUUACUCAGUUUUCUUACUUUCUUUCAGUCUAACUACCUUAACUGCAAGAGAAGAAUAACAAAAUGGUUGAACUAUGAUCGAACUUUUUUUUCUACUUUAGUAUCUCAUUUCUACCAGAAAUAUUAAUAAUGGAUGCAUUAAAAGCUGGUGCCCACAAAGCUCAAGAAGUUAUUCAUGAUAAAAAAGCUGAAGAUGCGUUGAAAAAAGCCAAUGAUCCAAAUGAGAAACCAUCAACACGAAUGGAUGCUGCACAUUGCGCAGCAAAACAUGAAGCAAAAGCACAAGAGCAUGCUUGCAAAGCUGAUUGUAAAGCUGCCGAUCAUAAACAUUAA